CUGUGUCAUAGGUACUAGACUAAGUGCUUUAUUGAUUGUUUGGGGUAUUUUUUACUUUCUCAGUUGGACCUCUGUACACAGGAUUAGAUUAAUUAGGUCCCGUGCUUUGUGGCACACUUUCAUCAGUGGUCUACCCAGCACUCAAUGCAUAUUCACUCCUUAGAGCAACCCAGAGAGGUUGCCACCAUUAUUAUCCGGUUGUUCAGAUUAGGAAACUGAAGCUUCAAGAGGCUCAGCAACUUGUGCAAGGUUACCUUCUAGGAAGGGGCCGAGCUGGGAUCGGAACCCAGGCCAGUCUAGCUGUAGAGCUCAUGUUUUUAACUACACCGUUAGUGUGUAAUCUUGAACUGGACUCAGGGGUUAUCAGGCGGAGGGUAGAGUUGGAAAAGGGGAGAAUUCGGGGGCUGGUGUGAGUAACAGUGACACGGGAACAUUCACUGGAUUGAGGAAGAUGGGGAGGGUGCAGCAGCAGCCCAAGGGCAGGGGAUGGGUCGGGGAGGUGCAGGUGCUCACUGCGGGCCACGACCUCCCCCUGCAGCUGGUAGCGGGCCAGGUCAAGCACCCAAAAGACUGCAUAGUCCAGGAAGAUGAGGAGCAGCACGAGGAGGAGGUGCUUGAUAAGGCUGAAGAUAGCCAGGGUAUAAACGAUCUGCUCCCGCGGUGCAGAGGCUCCUGAGUUGGGGGCUGCCUGUCUUCUGUAGCCGAUUCCUGUGGCGCCAGCCAGGCCAGUUUCCGGUCACUGCUUUCCUGCUGGGGGCAGGCACAGGGGGGCUCCUGGCCAUAGGUGAGUGUGGAGCAGAGUUGGGGUGGGACCCAUCUUUUGACCUCUGACUUAACCCUGUGCCCUCAGGUCUCUUUCAGCUCCUGGUGAACCCUAUGAACAUCUAUGAAGAGCAGAAGAUGAUGACUUUGUACGGCUUGGUGGGUUAGUGCUGGACUAACGCUAAUAAGGUCAGGGACACUCAAGAGGCCUGUGGAGCACAGCCCAGCACUAGGUUCCCAGGAAGGGGUCUGGGCAUGUUCUUCUGCACCCAAGCGUCCCACGUGGCCUUGGCCUGGUCUUUGGCUUUGAGAGCAGACCCAGAGCGAAAGGCCCCAUCUGUGGAAGAAGACUUCCUUGCUCUCUAGAGCCUCCCCAAUCUGAGGGACCCCCUACUCCCCUCAAGAUAUGGUCCAAACCCACAGCCCUUCAUGAUCCUCAUCUCUCCUGAACUCUCUGGCCUUAUUUCCUGCUCUUCCUGAUAAAUUCGACUCAUUCAUCCAUUCCACGCUAACUAAGCACCUGCUGAGGAUUCAGCAGUGAAUAAGCCUGACAAGCACCCACCUCUUUUGGAGUUUACAUCUUAUGGAGAGUAGACAGUAAAUGAACAUUUAAACAAUAAAUGAGCAAAAAUACACAAGAGCAUUUCUGAUGGUGACAAGUGAUAUGAAAAAAGUAUGCCAGGGGGGUGUGAUAGGAAGGCACUGACAGCUACCCUAGCUUGAGUGGUCAGGGAAGGCUCCUCAGAGAAGGUGACCUUGUAUCAGGAGGCAUUGGGCUGUAAGAACAGGGAACCCACCUAAAAGUGGUUUUACCAAGAGAAGGUUGAUUAUCUCAUAUGACAAGUUUCAGAGUAGAGUGGUUUUGGAGUUUGGAGAAUUCAGCAGCUCAGUAAAUCUACCAAGGACCCAGGUUCCUUUUGCCUUCUUUUCUCCUGCCCUCUUUGGUCUGUCAACCACUCCUCUUCAGGUCAAGAAAUGGCUGCAGCAAAUCCAGGCAUCACAUCUUCAUACAACAAUGGCAAAGACCAGAACAUUCCUUCCCCAUGUCUCUUUUAAGAACAAGGAAAACUUCCCUGUAAUCUCCUUGGCCAACUUCCCCUCAUACCUCUUUAGUCAGAACUGCAACACAUGCCCUUUCCUAACCCUCUCCCAGACGAGGGGCAUGGAGUUGGCAUCAUCUCCAGGUUACUGAGUGGACUGACCUCCAUGGGAUACCAACAGCUUUUACCCUGACCGCUGUAUUCACACCUGUUCUCCCAUUGAUGACCUUUCACACAGACCCUUAGCUUUCUGGUUAUUUCAUUGAGAAGACCGAGUUCUGCUUCAGUAAUAAGGAUUAUUUUUAGGGUUCAAAAGGUCCAAUCCCGUCUGCUUCAAAAUUCCAAUCUCAUGUCCAUUCUCAAGCUUAUCUUCCCUCCUCACCACCCCCGGCGCCCAGCUCAGGGCCCAUCCCUGGCAUGGGGUCCUGCAGCAGAGAAGGGGGCAUGGCUCACCCUUUCACUUUCUUCUCCACUUCCUUCCCCUUCUGGUUCUUCUGAUGUCAGAAAGGGGAUUAGAAGAAUUAGAGGAAAAGGGACAAAAGUCUGAAGUCAUCGAUCCUGGUAUAAUUCCACUGCCUCUUGUGGCAAGUGUUCACACCCUGAUUGUCUCAGGGGGCCAUUCAGGGGCUCUUCGGAGGCUCUGUGUGGACCUUGCAGUACCCAGUUUCCUGCUGGGGGCAGUUCUGUUUGGCUGACCUGGAGUCAAGCUCCCUGUAGUUCCCCAGGCCACCUGCAGCUUCUUCCUUUGGAUCCCUCCCCGCAAGCAGGCUGCCCCCUGGGAUUGAGAAUCUCACAGAUGGAUUGAGGCCUGCUGCCCUCCAGCAUUUCCUCUUGUCCCAGAGGAAAUUCACACACCCUUGUCCUGCCAAACUGGGACAGCAGGGCCCCCUGCAGCUGCCUUCUCCCCUGUGGCAUUGAGAAGCAAGCGCCGCUCUCCUCAUCAGGUUCCCCCGGGCGCCUCCUGGAGAGUCGCUCCUGAGCGCUAGGCCCUACUAGGCCCUUCAGCUCAGCAGGAGUCCAGCCCCGAAGGGGUGAGCCAGCUUGCCUCCUCUGGAGGGUUCUCUUGGAGUUUUUCACGUGACAUGGGCAAGUGAAGACCCACCCUCGCCUCAGACCUUCUCCUGCUGUCUGCCUACUCAAACCACUUCUCUCCCCUUCUAGAAAAUUCAAAUUUCUGGUCUUCUCUUUAUACAGACUGGUUGGGGUAGAGGGGUAAGAGAUUAGUGGUGCUCUUUAGGUAAGCCCAGAGAGGAUAUCUGGGGCCCUCUUUACAACGUAGGCCAACUGUUUUGUCAACUGUGGUCCUCGACUUGAGUCUGGCCAAAAGUCCGAGACUACAGAACAAGCCCAUUUCAAUAUCCUGUGUUACCGUGAUUGGGUUAGACAGAUCCAGAUUUACCCCUGGGGGCCAGGGCAGGGACAGGCCAUUGCCCUUGAACAAAACCCAAGCUGUGUUAGCAAGGAAGGCAGAAAAACUGUUGGGUGGCACCCGAAAGGGUUUGUGGCAAACCUGUAUGACUAGGUGGAGCCGGCCGGGUGAAGAACGAGGGCAGUAGUGCUCCUGGCAGCGUGACCAGUGAAAGCCAAGGCCUGAAAGGAGGAGUGAGCUAGGCUGUCCCGGGGGCAGCAGCAGGGCCUGGGGGCGCUGACCUGGCGGGUGAAGCGUUGGGCUGAAUGAGAUCCCUUCAGACAGUAGGCAGUGGCCGGAGCCUGAGGGUCCGCAGGCCAUGUUAAGGGAGCUUGGAUUUUAUCUCGGAUGUGGUAGGAAGUCUUUGGAUGGUUUGAAGCAGAAAAGGGACAUGGUCUGACUUAAGUUUUAACAGUGUCACUCUGGCUGCCUUGUGAUAAUUAAAGUGUAAGUUAGCAAGACACAAAGUAGAAGACCAGUUAGUCCCGGGGAGACUCUAUGCGGGAAAUGGAUGUAGAAGGAAGCAUUAAGGACGUGGGGCUUGCUUUGCUGAUGCUUGGGGGAGCAUGCUGUCCACACGGGAAGCUUCUAGAUUCCCCAACCAGCUUACGCUGUUCCUUUGGCCUGGAAUGCUGCCCGUGCCUCCUACACUUACUCAUCUUCCAGGCCCAGCUGACACAUCUCCUUUGUCCAGCCUUCCCAACCCCACCCCUCCCUGCAGAAAUACCUGCUCCCUCCUCAGCUCCCACAGCUCUUCCUUCGUAAGCACCUCCCUUGUGCACUUAGCACUUUGUGUUAUAGUCAUUUGUUUACUCGUCUGUCGCUCUCCCUGGAUUAUGAGCUUCAAGGAGCUCCCUGUCUCCUUGCAGACCACAGGGAGACACAUGGGAAACUACUAAAACAUCCCGGGAGGUACUUGACCAAGGGCUAAAACGAUGGACAGAGAUUGUGAGGGCUGCAGGCGUCACAGCGUGGGGGAUAUGGGGCAUGUUGAGGUGGCUCUGGCUUCCCCUUUAAUCGCUCUGAGCACCAGUGUCUGUUUCCAGAAUUUUUUUCUUGCUCCCUCUGCCCCCUCAGGACCAAGGGUAAGUGUGAAUCCAGCCUGGAUACAGGAAGUGUUGGCCCCCUUCCCUAACGUAAACACCCACCUCAAAUACGCACACACAGCUGAUGACUGCCGUGGUUCUUCAGUACCUAGCCAUCUCUCCAAGUCCUUCCAGAGACUGCCAUGCAGUUGAACUCUGUAAAGAGCUGUUGAAUAAAUGAAUAAAUGAGUGGCGCAGAAUGCCAUCAGAGUCGGUUCUGUGUAAAUGGGGACAAGGGCAGUAUGAUGAAGGUUCUAGAAAGGGAUGCGGGGGGGUGAGUGCUCUGGUAAACCUGGCGGACAAGGCAGCUUCCUCGUUUCCCUCGCCUUGUACUCUCUUGACAGGCUUGGGGGCCAUUGGCUGGGGGACCUCCCCUCACAUCCGCUGUGCCAGCCUCCUGCUAGUACCCAAGAUGCUGGGCAAAGAGGGCAGGCUCUUUGUGAUGGGAUACGCCUUGGCUGCCAUCUAUGAGGGACCAGUGGCCAACCUGCGGCACAACCUCAACGAGGUGAUAGCAUCGCUGGGCUGCACCGUGGAGCUGCAGAUCAACAGUACCCGCGCGGCCUGGCGCAUCUCCACAGCCCCACUGCGGGCAGUGUUCAAGGACCUGCUGGGCAGCAAAGAUUUACUGAAAGCCGAGACUCAUAACAUCUCCAACUCCUUUGAGGACCUGGAUGCCCAGGUGAAUAGUGAGACUGGCUAUACGCCAGAGGAUGCCAUGGGCUCAGAGGAGACAGCCCAAGAAGCAGAUACCCCCCGAGCCCUAGCUUCCAGACACCACCUCUCGACACAGAAGAUGUAUGAGCUGAAGACCAAGCUGCGUUGCUCCAACGUGGUGAACCAGGCCAUACUCAGCUGCCGCCGCUGGUUUGACCAAAAGCAUGAACGGUGCAUGCAGCACAUCUGGGUCCCGCUCCUCAACCACCUGCUCUGCUUGCCCAUGAAAUUCAAGUUCUUCUGUGGCAUUGCUAAGGCAAUGGAAGUUUGGUGCCGCAGCCGUAUCCCAGUAGAAGGCAACUUUGGGCAGACCUACGACUCUCUCAACCAGUCUGUUCACAGCCUGGAGGGAGAAUUUUCAGCCACCAUUGAACUCAAGGAAGAGAAGCAGGCUGGGGUGCUGGGCCUCAACACGAGCUGGAAGCACGUGAGCACCGAGGUGCGUGACUACGUGAGCCGCCAGGAGGCACGUCUGGAGUGGUCCCUGGGGCUCCUGCGGGUGCUCUUCUCCUGCACCUUCUUGCUCGUCCUCCACGGGUCCUUCUCCUACAUGGACAGCUAUAAUGGGGACAUCCGCUUUGACAACAUAUACAUCAGCACCUACUUCUGUCAGAUCGAUGAGCGCAGGAAGAUGCUGGGCAAAAGGACUCUGCUGCCGCUCCGCAAAGCUGAGAAAAAAACUGUCAUCUUCCCCUUUGAGCCCACUCUCCAGGCCUCAGAAAUGAGAAAUGUGAUGGGGGAGCUUGUGGGGACACUGCCUCUCCUGCUGCUGUUACUGGUGCUGUGUGGACUGGACAGGGCUCUCUACUCCAUCUUCGACACCAUCCGCCACCACGCCUUCUGGCAGUACUCCUUCCGCAGCAGUCAUAAGUUGGAGGUGAAAGUCGGGGGAGACUCCAUGCUUGCCCGACUCCUUCGGAAAACCAUUGGGGCCCUGAACACCUCCUCGGAGGCAGUGGUGGAGUCAAACACCAUGCCCUGCCUGCCCCAGCCCGUGUGCCUGAAUGCCGGGGCCUACUUGAGGGCUGCACUACCGGUCGGUCUGCUAGUGAGCCUCUGCCUGCUCCAGGCUUUUGGCUACCGGCUCCGGAGGGUCAUCGCAGCCUUCUACUUCCCCAAGCGAGAGAAGAAGCGGAUCCUGUUCCUGUACAAUGAGCUCCUGAGGAAGAGAGCAGCCUUCACCAAGCUGAGGAGGGCUGCCAUCCUGAGGCAGGCACGACAGCAGAGGGCUUCACGCCGCCACCUGGCGAACAUCCUGCACCGUCGCUGCCCCUUCUUGCGCCGCUGGCUGCGCCGGCGCUGCGUGGUGUGCCAGGCACCCGAGACACCCGAGUCCUACGUGUGCCCGACGCCAGACUGCGAGGCUGUGUACUGUCGGUCGUGCUGGGACGAUAUGCAGGCGCGGUGUCCGGCCUGCACACCCCGCGAGGAGCUCUCCUCCUCCGCCUACGGCGACAGCGAGGAUGACGCUAUCUACGCAGAGUGAAGGGGCGUCCACUCGCUCUCAAACCCAGCUGCUUCCUGUUUAAUAAAAUGCCUUGCACUCUC